GUAUAGCUAUGCAUUUCACCUGUACAGUUCUGGCAUAGAAGAUGGGUGCACCUGUCUUAUCUAUUGUAGUUCAGCUACAAAACUUUCCCGCAAGUCCCAUGACAGAUGACGUCACCAGGAAUGCGGGGCUGUGAUGGAUUGACCUGGAUAACGAGAGAGAAAAAUAAAGUCUGUGACAAACAAUAACGAGAGAUUGAUUGCGGGGAUUAACUGUCGGGUGUCGGGAUCAUUUAUUUCAGCCGCCAUGUCUGUGCUAUUUUGCUGCCGCUGUGUUUUUCCAUCCGAAGACACCGACGAGAGACAGCCCCUACUGCACCCCAAGCUUCCAGAAUCAGAGAAGCCAGUUUCGGCCAGACAGCCUCGACCAGCACCCACAGUAAGUCGGAGUGGUCAGUUGGUCCCGAAGCGUGUGGGUGUGAAGGACUUGGACCAGCGGUUCUCUGAUGUGACCGAGACAUUCAACCAACAACAUGAGAGCUAUAAUGUCAUGAAGGAACGCAUCAUAUCUCUUCGCCACACUUACAACUGUAGCAACGACAGCACCCUGACUCUGACCGAGUGUGUGAGGAAGAUCAAGGAGGAAUACGAGGACAGCUACAGGGUAACCGUGGUGAUAAAGGGGUAUGACUUCUCUCUCUCUGUGGUUCCGCUGAGGUCUGUGGAUGAGGGAGAGAAUUCUCUGCCUCGCCUACUCCGGUUGGCUCAGGAUGAGCUCAGGGGCUUUUCCCAGGGCGCCAUAGCAAUUGUCGCUGCCGGGACCAAGCUCCAGGUGCUGAUAGACUGGCUGCUUAGUCGGGGGGAGCGAAUGGCGGAGCAGGUCAGGGAGGUGGCACCAACUCAUCAGGACCACUGUAGGCUGGAGGAGAACCUGAUUGAGACCAUGCAGGAAGUGAGAAGGGUGAGGGAGCUUUCGCUAGGGUACUGCCAGCAGGCUAGAGAGAUCCAAACUGAGGCUGCACAGAUAGCAGGGCUGGCCUGACACAUACAUACAGACACACUCUGGUAACACUGAAUCUAUAAAUGUCACAUUUAAAUCUUAUGGGAAUUAAUUUAGGCUAUUUUUACUAUCAUGUAAAAGCACAAUAUGGACCUACACUGUUACACAACACACUAGAUAGUAUUUCAGUAUUAUAUAGUGAGUAUGUCUAUAAACAUGUUAGAGAAAUGAGCUGUGAUAUAUCCUAAUGUAUUCUGGACAGGAAUUCCUCAUCUAAAUCCUCAUCUAAUCAAACACUGUGUUGAUUAAACCACUGUCAAUGUUAGAUAUCAUGUUAGUGUUUUUUCUAUGUUAAUACUGUAUGUUAUUGUAUUUUAUAACAAAUGAAAACUGCAAACUGUU